AUGGAACAAAAAGGAGCAGAGGGACUGCGGACGCAGCAGUGCAACAAAUUAAGACGGGCCAUCACAUUCACAUACGUACCAAGGCAAGGACAAACCCGGUUCGACGUGAACACCACCACCGCGGUCGUCACCGACGCUUUCGAGGUGCAGGUCACCUCGAACAACCCGAACAGGCGCAUCGGGGUGUACUACGACGGCGGGGAGGUCACGGCCUCCUUCAACGGCACCGAGCUCUGCAGCGGCGCCUUCCCGGCGCUCUACCAGGGCCACCGCACCACCGUGCGCCCGCUCAUCACGCUGCAGGGGGAGACGAGGCUCGACAGCGCCGUUGCCGCGCAGCUCGCGCAGCAGCAGCAGGCCGGGUUCAUCCCGCUCACCGUGAACGCGCGCGUGCCCAUCAGGAUCAAGUUCGGCGUGCUCAAGCUGUGGAAGAUGACGGGGAAGGCGCGCUGCAACCUCGUCGUUGAUAGACUCCAGGCCGAGACGCGGCUCCGCAUCCGCUCCAACAGCUGUAGCUUCAAGCUCAAGAUCUAGAAAUUUUUUUGAGUCGUGCGUAUAUGGACAUGCGUGUAGGAUUACCGAGGUCACGUCCCCAUAUCUUUCGAUAUAUAUUGCUUGAGAUCGCCCGGCAGAUGUGGUAGAGAUGUGUAGAGCUGUACAUUUGUUAUUUAUUUUGCCCGUACAUUCCUUAUUUUGUAGUGGAAUAAGAUCCGAUAUUCCGAUAUGCAUGUA